UUUCUAAUUACCAUGCUCCUAGUCCCCCAGCUGAGACAGUGGAUGUGUUGAGACUGUGGAGCACAGUACAGAACACAGAUGUACUGGGGGAUAGUUCUCUUCAUGGUUAUGAUGCAUCUUGACUCUAGUUCUAAAUUCUGUUUCUUUUCUUGGAGAUUUCCAGACUUCUUGUGAGUUACUUUUGCUUGUGAGCAUAAAAAGCUUCCUUCGUUUCCUGCUGUACUGAUCCAAAAGCGGUAGUUUCUGCUUGGGAAUUCUUGUGCAUAGUGUUUGGCUCACUGUUUACUCUACAUAUUUGUUUGGAGAAAAAGCGUAUGCAAGCUGUUUGACUCUGCUAAUCACUAAGAGGCAUCUGACUGAAGUGAGAGGCUUCAGGACUUCUUCGUUAUGCGGAUGUCUUUAUGAAGGGUUUCAUAUUUGGCUAAUGGUAACUUCCUGAAGCUUACUGUAUCAAGAGAAGGUGAUGGUGGUAGGAACUGCUAAUCCUACUUUCUGGACAUACCAUAAAAUAUGAGUAAGUAUUUACCACUUUGCUUUUAAAAGAGCUUAAUGUUUCAUACGCCGUAUUAGAAAAACUACUAAUAGAAAUAACUUGUCUUAUUUUUCUACAGAUGUUAAGGAAGGAGGAGGCAUCAGUACGGCAGGCUUAUUCAGAUUUAAUGGCACAGCAAAAUAGCACGACUGAUGAGAACAGAAAGCUCAUUGGAAAGGUAAAAGCACUUGAGGAGAUGUUGGAGGAUAUGAAGAAACAAAAAUUCCAAGUGGAACAGGAGCUCCCCAAACUGAGGGAAGCUGCAGAAAAUGAGCGGAAAAAGCAGCAAAAGGAUAUGGAAGAGAUCUGUCUUCAGAAGACCAAGGCUGAGCAAGAGGCAAAGCAGUGUCGUGUAGAUCUAGAGAGCAUUGAGAAAGAGAAAGCAGAUGCAAAGCAGGAGUUGGAGUGUGUAAGGCAGCUCAUUUUUCAGGCAGAGACUCAAAGAAGUAUACUGGAAGAAAACCUCCGGGCUUUUCGAAACCAAAUAGAAGAAAGUACCUUUACCAGAAGAAACCUUGAAGAACAUCUGAGAAGAAAGGAUACUAAUCUUCAUGAUUUAGAGCAACAAAAAAAAUCCCUUAUGCAGGAGCUGAAGAAAAAAACAGAAGGAGAAGAGAAACUUAUGAAACUGAUAAAGCAAAUGGAGCAAGAUCUUGAAUGUAAAGGGAAUCUAUCAGAAAUAAAGCUGAAAGAAAAAGAGAAAACUGAAGCCAGAAGGAAGGUUGCUGAAGGCAGGUACUCUGUAACUAGAGAAACUUCCCUGCCAACUUACACAGCUGGGCAAAGCAGCCAGUGUAAGACUGAUUCUGAAAUUACAAGUUUCCAGAAGAAACAAGAAGCAAAAAUAGUAGAAGAACUAAAGCAGAAGGUGGAUGAACUAAAUCUUGCUAACAAGAAAGCUGAUAAAACUAUUAAAGAUCUCAAAUAUGAACUGAAUGAAAUUGAGCUUCAAAAAUCAUCAACAGAAGAAAAGUCUCGUUUAUUAAAAGAAAAAUUAGAUGAAGUCAAUAGUGAACUUAAAUGCCUAAAAAUUAAGUUGGAGGAAAAAGACCAAGUAGAGCAGGGAUAUUUGCAACAGUUGAAAGAACUGGACAAGCAGUUACAUAGAACUACAGGUAAAGCUGAAGAGGUGAUGCAGGAAGCUAUAGAUCUUAAGAAAAUUAAGAUGAACUAUCAAGAGGAGCUGAAAUCUGUUCAUCAGGAAAAGACACAGCUAAAAAGAGAAGUAGAGGAAUUAACUAGAUCACAGGCAAAAACUGAAAUCACUAUCAAACAUCUAAAUUCACAAAUCAGUUCUCUUCAAAAGGAGAAGCUAGCAGCUGAGCACAGAACACAGUCAUGCAAAGGAGAAGCAAGUAAUCUUCAGGACAAAUAUAAGAAAAUACAGGAAGAAUUGCUACAGAAAACAAAAGUAGAAAUAGAGUACCAGCACGAAAUCCAGAUGCUGAAGAAUGAAUUGGCCAAAAGUAAUCAGGUGUCAGAAACAUUGAAACGAAAGAUAGAGGACCUUAAUAAAUGGAACACUGAAACAAAACUACUGAUGAAGCAAAUUCAAUCCGAGUCCGAGAAGAUGACUUUGGAAAAACAAAGUAUUCAGAGGAAAAAUGAUGCAUUAAAAACCCUAGCAGAUGGUUUCAAAGAGCAACUGCGUACAACAAAUGAACAAUUGCACAAGCAAACAAUAAUGGAGCAAGAAUUCCUAUGUAAAAUCAAAAGUCUAGAAGAUGAUCUAGCAAAAACAAAAGAUUUAGCUAGUGAAUAUAAACAAAAAUGUGAUAAACAAAGUGCUUCCACCCUAACCAUUGACCUGGAGAUUAAAAAUCUAAAUGCCCAAAUGUGUGCUCUAACUACAGAAAAGAAAGUGAGUGAACAGAAAAUACAACUACAGGAAGUUCAUAUACAAGAACUAAGUAGUAAAUUAAAAAAACUACAGGAUGAACUCCACCAGAAGACUCUGGAUGAACAAAUGGCACGCAAGAAAAUGAUUCUGUUUCAGGAAGAAUCAAUCAAGUUUAAACACUCUGCAGAGGAAUUUAGGAAAAAAGUGGAAAAAUUACUGGAAUCCCAUAGCAACACAGAAAAGGACAUUUCUGGCAUAAAACUAGAGUGUGUUGCUCUUCAGCAGGAAAAGCAUAUGGCUGAGGAAAACAUCAUGUUGUACAAAAUACAGAUUGAAGAUCUGCAAGAAAGGCUUAAAAAAUGUCAUGAACAACUGCAGCAAGGGAAGCAUGCUGAAAUGGACUAUCACCAGAAGUGCAGGAAACUUGAGGAAGAGUUGGAAGUGCAGAAGCGCUUGGUUGAGGGCUUGAAACAGAAAAUGGACUUGCAGGUCAAGGAGAGUGAACACAGAUUUCUUUUGUUUCAGAAUGAAGUUCAGCAAAAUAAUAAAUUCAAAGAUUGUGGAUUUAACUUGAGCUGUGAGAGAAGAGGGAAUUACUUGAAUGACACCUCAGCUAGAGAAUUUGAGCAACUUCUUCCACAUGCAAAACCUCAUUCACCUUUGUUCAGGCAGAAACAGGAGAGGUCAGGCUUUACGACUGGUCAAAUAGAAGAAAAUACACUGUACGUGAGUGCUGAUGAUACGAUACCAAAGGAGGUGCAGUUCCAGAUGUCGAGAAUAAACCAAUCACUAGAAGACGGAAACCCACAAUCUUUUACAGAGUUUGUUUCUCAAACAAGUACGCAGUUCCAGAUUACUUUUGAUAAAGCAAGUGAAAUCAGUGGAACAUCUGAAAGAGACAAAGUAAGAAACAGGAACCUACACAGUUCCAGACAAACUGUUAGGCCUGGAGAAGACAUGAAACAUGAAUUAGGAUUAGUAAAACUGCAUCCCUUGGAGAUAGUGAAGAACAAGCAGUAUGACAUGCAUGUUGAAGUUACAACAUUAAAACAAGAAAAUGACAAGACUUUUGGUUACGAAGACAGAAUGUUUGAGGGAUACAAAACAUCUGAUGGGUUUAGGAGAGAAGACUUUGCAAAGAUGAAUUCUUUCUUAGGGGAAGAGAUUUUGAGAACUGCUGAUGAUACUCAGUUGGAAUAUUUUACAGAGGAGUAUGAUGAUAUUAAAUUUGAAGGUCUCCGACAUGAUGUGACUGCCAGACAGUUGGCUGAAGUUAAACUUUUAGACAGGCUUACAAUGGAGGAGCUCCGUGCAGGGCAGAAAACUAUUAAUGAGGUUCAGAAAAGUCUUGAGAAAUUUUUAACUAAACCUACAGCUAUAGCUGGGCUGUACCUUGAAUCCAGCAAAGAAAUAAUCUCUUUUGCUUUAGCAGCAAAGAAAAGAAUCAUAGGGAAAGCAUUGGCAUUAGCAUUUUUAGAGGCCCAAGCAGCUACUGGUUUCAUCAUUGAUCCUACAACAGGUCAGAAAUUCUCUGUUGAUGAUUCAUUUGCUAGGGGGCUGGCUGAUAAUGAAUUCAAGAGUAGACUGCAGGAGGCAGAGAAAGCUGUUUUGGGUUAUUGCUGUUCUGGUAAAGUGGUAUCUGUGUAUCAGGCUAUGGAAGCUCGACUUCUAGAAAGACAAAAAGGUAAAAAUAUCCUUGAAGCUCAAAUUGCAAGUGGGGGGGUCAUUGAUCCUAUAAGAAGUGUUCGUGUACCUCCGGAAACUGCAGUGCAGCUUGGCUUGCUUAGUAACACAGUUUUAAAGUUUUUGCAUGAGCCCUCUAGUAAUGCAAAAUGCUUUCACAAUCCAAAUAACAGGAAAGCUAUGUACUACUGUGAUUUGCUGAAAAUGUCUUUGUUCAGUGUAAGCAGUAAAUGUUUUCUGCUUCCAGUUGGUGAAAGGAAAAUAAGCAGCCCAUCUGCAGAGAAAACUCAUAAAAUUUCUGUAGUAGACAUCAAAACAGGAGCUGAAAUGACUUCUUAUGAGGCUUAUCAGAAAAAAUGUGUUGAUAAAGCUACAUAUCUUGAGCUUUCAAAACAGGAAUUUGAUUGGAAGGAGUCUACAUGUUUUGACUCAGAUGGGAAUUCUUUUCUUUUGAUUACAGAUCUUAAAACUGGUGUACAGUUUAAUAUUGAGGAGACCUUAAAUCAGGGUAGAAUUGACAGAGCAGUAGUUAAUAAAUAUAAGGAGAGUUUAAUCACAAUUAAUGAGUUUGGAGACAUUUUACUUAGCAGUUCACAACCAAAUAAAGAUUUAAAGAGUCCUAUUGCAGGAUUUUGGCUUUCUGAAACCAAUGAAAGAAUUCCAGUUUUAAAAGCCUCGCGCAAAAACCUGGUAGAUAGAGUUACUGCUCUCCGGUGUCUUGAAGCUCAGGUUAGUACAGGAGGCAUAAUCGAUCCAUUUACUGGGAAAAAGUACAGUGUUUCAGAAGCUUUGCAAAGGGAGUUAAUUGAUGAUGGUUGUGCCAAGCAAAUUCAGCAAUGUGAACUAAUCUUUACUGGGAUCAUUCACCCUGUAAGGAAUACAGUUAUGUCAGCUGUUGAAGCUAUGAGUGUAAAUGCCCUAGACAAGGAAAUGGGUAUGCGCUGCCUGGAGUAUCAGUACCUGACUGGUGGGUUGAUAGAUCCAAAAUCUCACUCCAGAUUAACAAUGGAAGAUGCAAUUAAGUGCGGUGUUAUUGAUGCUGUCACAGCUACAAAGAUGAAAGAUGAAAAAUUGUAUGUUAAAGUUAUAACAUGCCCCAAAACAAAGAAGAAGUUAACCUACAAAGAAGCUUUAGAGAGAGCUGUUUUUGAUUGCCACACUGGACUACGAUUAUUAGAAGCUGCUCAGCCUAUGAAAACAGGAAUUUCUAGUCUAUAUUAUGCUUCAUAAUGGAACAAGACUUUAGUGCUCCUUCGGGGCCUGAUUUAAAGUCAAUUCAAGUCAAGGAAAAGGUCUAUCAUUACUCUUAUGAAAAGUUAUAGAUGGUAUUGUCUACUGUAGUCAUGAGUUGCUUUAAAACUAAUUAGUAUAAACCACUAAUUAAUAUAAACCAAUAACCUGUAAUUAGCUAUUCCUUUUCAUAAAGUUUAAAUUUUUAGGUGAACUUAGUUAAAUUCAUCAUUUCAAAAUGCAGACUGUGUUCAGGGUUUACCUGAAGGCCUUAUCUGACAUAACGUACAUGUAGGUGUUAUAAAACAGAAGUUAAACUGAGAUUGGUGGAGUUACAUUAGUGUGAAAUAUGUACAUCUAGAUGAGACAAGAAUCAGAUUUUUAUAUUAAAAACUGAAAAAGAUUGCCCAUUUUGUGAAUGAAGACAGUGCAGUAUUUCAUACAACGCACUUCAUUUAAUACUAAAAAUCACUUUGCAACUAUAAUUUAUUGUACAAAGGUGAAAAAAUACUAUACAAGGGCUAAAUCUGCAGUCCAGUAAGCACUUAAUACAUAAGUAGCUUUUCCCAUGAUAGUAUCUCAUUAAUUUUAAAAGGCUACUCACAUCACAAAAUUGCAUAUCCAGGUUUUUUCACACUUCAGGUAACUUUUUUGAUAAUUUUUUUCAAAACUUUAAUAGGAAAAUGAAUUACUAUUACAUAUCCAAUUAAUAAAAAUACCAUUUAAAUAGAAUGUCUUCAUUUUUACUUCUUCAAGGUCUUCAUUUUAUUUGUGGAAGCACUUCAUUUUUACAUGGAAGUGUUUAGAUGUGUUUUCUAAGUACUGUUACAUUUCAAACUACUAACCAGUCAUGUUACUAUCAAAAUAUAUAUGUAUUUUUCUAUGCAGAAAAAGAUGAAAUGUGUCAGCAUUUUACUUUUAUUGUCCUUGUUUCUGUAGACAUAGAAGCAAUGUAUUCUUCCUAACAGUAAUUUAGUAAUCCAUGUUCAUAGAUUAUAAAAUAUCAGUAUUCUGUGUUAGCUUUAGAUAUCCAUACCUGAGGGUAAUGCAAAGGCAGCAAUUCAAAGAUAGUUUAUAUGCAAAUGUUGUUUAGAUUUUAUCUGCUGAGUAAUGGCUGGGAAGCUAUACUUUUUUUUAAAAUAUCAGUCAUUUUAUAAUGAAUGUACAUGUGUAUGAUUAAGCACCAUAAUCAUAAUUACAAAUCUUUUGAGGAAUUAUUCUCUUAGUGUGUAUAAUUAUGUGGCAUUUUUGUUCUUACAUCAAAGUGUUGCAAUAAUGCAUAUGGUGAUAAAUAAAAAGAAAUCGCUUUACGGUUAUGUGAUGAUACUGCUAUUGUGGUAGAAUUGUGUUUCUAUGGAUGUGAAUGUUAAAUAUUCCAACAAUUUACAUUUACAUGUUUUUUACAAUUCGUGGUGC